UGUAUUAAUGAAAAUGUCCCGAGUAAAAAUACAUACGGAUUAGACAAAAUGCAGUAAAAUAAUGUAGCAGUUAUGGCGGUUUGAAAUUGGAGCAUGCGAUUGUCCCCAGUCCCAUGGUUGUCAGCCACGUGGAGUUUCCCGCUCUUCUCAGCAAAUCUUCUCACGACGGUGAAAUUUACAGAACAAAGAAACGCGGUGGCUUUCAAAGAAUGCGUCACAAUUUUAGCGUUCAAUUACUUUUUUAUAUCUCUAUACUUUUUUAUUUGAUUCCCUUCUAAUCAAUCAUUUACGCUUUUCUUAACUCCAAGCAAAACCCGGCUAUGGAGUUCAAGCUUUCGCUUCAGUCGUAAUCUUAGGAUACGCGAUCCCUUUCGGGGUUAUCAAAUCAUACCAGUUAUUAGUUUCUCUUCGGCUUUUCCACGGCUUAUUCUCUGAUUUCUACAGGGUAUUGUGUGUUUUGCUUCUCGGAUGAAGAUACAUUAUUAAGCUUACAGAUAUAGUGAGUCUGGGUGGAGAUGAAGAUUUCAGCUCUUCUGACUUCUGCUGGAAUCAAUAUAGCUGUGUGCUUGAUACUUCUGUCGUUAUAUUCCAUAUUGAGAAAGCAACCAAGCAAUAUAAGUGUGUACUUUGGGCGGAGGAUUGCUACUGGCCGCUCAAGACGCAAUGAUCCUUACUGCUUUGAGAGAUUUAUUCCUUCUCCUAGUUGGGUAUUGAGAGCCUGGGAAAGUACUGAACAAGAUCUUUUGAAUAUUGGUGGGUUGGAUGCUGUGGUUUUCCUCAGGAUUGUGGUUUUCAGUAUUCGGAUUUUUACUAUAGCUGCAGUCACUUGCUGUUUUCUGGUGCUUCCGGUGAAUUAUUAUGGUCAAAAGAGGCAGUACCAACAAAUUCCCUUGGAGUCUUUGGAAGUAUUUACCAUCUUAAACGUUCAAGAAGCCUCUAAGUGGCUUUGGGUUCACUGUCUUACAUUAUAUAUCAUAACGUGCUCAGCUUGUGUGCUUCUGUACUUCGAGUAUAAAAGCAUUUCUAAAAUGAGGCUCGCUCAUAUUAGUGAAUCUCCUCCAAACCCAAGUCAUUUUACAGUUCUAGUUCGUGCUAUUCCUUGGUCUGCUGAAGACUCGUACAGUAAUAGUGUGAAACGAUUCUUUAUGAAAUAUCAUGCAUCAGGCUAUUUGUUUCACCAAAUGGUAUAUAAAGCUGGUACAAUUCAGAAAUUGAUGAAUGAUGCAGAGAAAAUGUACAUGAUGUUCAAGGAUGUUUCUGUUGAAAAGAGUUGUGCACCUAGUAUAAUCCAUUGUGGUAACUGUGUUGUAGAGCAUACAAAUUCUUUUAAGAUCCUUUCUUCUGAGGAUACUGUCAAGGGGAAAGCUGACUUUUGUGACAUGGAUUUUCCUGGAAGUAAAAAGGAGUGUGCCACUGCUUUUGUCUUUUUCAAGACUCGCCAUGCUGCUGUUGUUGCUUCACAGGUUCUUCAAUCAUCGAACCCUAUGUUAUGGGUGACGGACAUGGCACCUGAACCACAUGAUGUUUAUUGGUCAAACCUUUGGAUACCGUAUGGACAACUGUGGAUUCGUAAGAUAGCAACUCUUAUGGCUGCCAUUGCCUUCAUGCUCGUGUUUCUUAUUCCAGUUACAUUUGUUCAAGGCAUGACUCAACUAGAGCAGCUACAACAAACAUUUCCAUUUCUUACAGGAAUUUUAAAGAAGAAAUUUGUAAGCGGGUUGUUUACAGGUUACCUUCCAAGUGUGAUUUUGAUUUUAGCUCUAUAUACAGUUCCACCAGUUAUGAUGUUAUUUUCAGCAGUGGAGGGAUCUGUCUCCCGAAGUGGGAGAAAGAAGAGUGCAUGUUGCAAAAUCUUGUACUUCACAAUCUGGAAUGUCUUUUUCGUCAAUGUCUUUACGGGAUCUGUCAUCCGCCAAUUGCGAGUCUUUUCUAGUGUGAAGGACAUACCUGCACAGCUUGCUAUUGCUGUUCCAGCUCAGGCUGGUUUCUUCUUGACUUAUGUUUUGUCAUCUGGUUGGGCAAGCUUGGCAUGUGAAGUCAUGCAACUUUACCCUCUCCUUUGCAACUUGAUAAAAAGAUUUAUGCUCAGAAUCAAGUCAGAUUCACCAGAUGAUCCCCUGUCUUUUCCAUAUCAUACUGAUAUUCCAAGACUCUUGCUAUUUGGAUUCAUUGGCUUCACCUGUUCCAUCUUGGUUCCCUUAAUAUUGCCCUUCUUGCUGGUUUAUUUUAUACUGGCAUUCUUUGUCUAUCGAAACCAGAUUCUGAACGUGUAUGUUUCAAAAUACGAAACUGGGGGACAGUACUGGCCUAUUGUUCACAAUACGACUAUAUUUUCAUUAGUGUUUAUGCAAAUAAUUGCUCUCGGGGUUUUUGGAUUAAGAAAGUCUCCAGUAGCAUCCGGCUUCACCAUUCCGCUGGUUAUUUGCACUAUUCUUUUCAAUGAAUACUGUCGGCAGCGGUUUAACCCCAUAUAUAAGAACCAUGUUGCAGAGAUUCUUAUUGAUAUGGACCAGCGAGAUGAGCAGUCUGGAGCGAUGGAAGAAAUCCAUCAAAUGUUGCAAUCAGCUUACUGCCAAUUUACAGUAAGUCCUCAUGACCUUUUCAAAUGUGGAUGUUCAAAUCAUCGGGAGGAUGGUGCUGGCGUCCGGGUUCCAGAAAAUGUGAAGCCAGGUUUGAUUCAUCCAAUGCUUGGAGGACUUUAUCUUUCCGGAGUCAAAGAUAUAAUUUCAUGGCUGUCUUUGCUUUUCACUUUUCAGGAGAAUCGUCCAGCAGAAUCAGCUAGCCACAAGUGAUAGGAGCUUUUUUUAUUUUUAUUUUUUUUCCUUAAUAUUUUUGUGUGCAUAGUUUACACCUUUGUAUACAAAAUUCCUUUGUAAAAACUAUAGUCAUCAAGUCAAGUUGAGAGAAUAUAUAGUGCUGGGAAGAGGGAAUGCUUAUGUCAGAUAGCCUUGUAGUGAUAUGUGGUGGCGUGGGGCAUUUUGCUGCGCAAUGUAACGCGCCAACAGUAAAGUUGGAAAAUUACGCAAAGGAAGAGUCCACAAAUUUUCCCUGUGAGAUCCUCCCUUUAUAUAUAAACUUUUGAAAUGUGUUCACUAAAACUCCAAAGACUAUAUUAUCUUUGGAAAUGUGUAGUUUCUUGUUGCCUCUAUGAACUAAUCUUUUAGCAGGGGCAAAGAAAAAAAAUAUCAAGACAUUCAGAUAGGGAACCUCAA